AUGUACGAAAUGCAGAAUUUUAAGAAUAUGAUUUGGAAAAAGAAAGGACUUAUCAUUACUAUUAGAAUAUUUAUAUUUCUAAGAAAAAUGCUAGCAAAUCUUCAUUCAUAUCAAUUUAGAAAGCUCACCCAUUAAAAUUUCAAAGCCUUGAAUGAUCAAUCUGCUUAUUAUAGAUUCUAUGUGAAUUAGAAUUAUGUUAAUAGCAAUCUAACAUACAUGGUAUUAUUCUUAUGAUAUAAGGAUAAAAUAAGAUAUUGGUUCAAUUCUAAUAUCUUCUUGAAUAAAAUUAAGACAAGAUACAAAUAAACUUUAUUUAGUCACACUAUCAAUCCUAAUAACACUUUGAAGCUGAUUUUUGAUUUCAUACUUUCAAUUAUGUUAAUCAUCAAUGUAGCUUAUUUACCUAUGAAUAUGAGUUUCAAUAUUGAAUGGCCUGAAGCAGAAAUCUUAUUACUAAUUUUUCCAGAUUAUCUAUUUCUAAUACAUAUAAUACUUUAAUUCAACACAGCUUAUUAUGAUUCUGGAGUCUUGAAGUCUUAAAGGAAAGAGAUAGCAAAGCAUUACUUAAAAAAUAGUUGUAUCUUGGAUUGUCUUAGUAUGGUACCUCUAAUUUUUAAUUUUGAUUAAAGCUAAUUUAUGAAUUUCUUAAUUCUGUUUAGAUUGAAUGCAUUAGUGGACAUAUUAUUAUUUUUUGAAGAAAAUUAUAACAUGCGUAAGAAGUAUGGAACUUACAUUGAUGUAAUAAAAUUAAUGAGUAUAUUUCUUUAUUCAUCGCAUAUAUUUGCCUGUCUUUUUUUUUUAAUAGCCAAGACUGAAAUAAAUGAUGGAGUACAGAAUACAUGGAUAUAGAUAAACCAUAUACAAGAUAUUUCUUGGUAAUAAUAAUAUGUCACUGCUCUCUAUUGGGGAUCAGUGACAACAUUAACAAUAGGUUAUGGAGAUAUAUUACCAACUACUAAUUUAGAAAGAGCAUAUGUAAUUCUAGUGGCAUUAUUAAGCUCAAUAGUUUUUGGUUUUACAAUUUCCAACAUUGGACAGAUUUUUAAUAAUAUAAGUGAAUUGAAAAAGACUCAGAGACACAGAAUGAGUAUGAUAACUUCAUUUAUUUAAAAAAGAGGUUUAAAUAAGGAUUUGGAAAUUAGAGUAAAAAAAUUCUUUGAAUAUUAUUUUUAAAUUGAAGAAAACCGAGAUCAAGAAUGUGAAGUUCUAAUGUAAUAAUUAACAGAGGAUUUAAGGAAAGAUGUAAAAAUAGAUUUUUAUAAAAAAUAUCUAAUGAAACAACCUUUAAUUUUUAAAACCUUUAGUGAAGAAUUCAUAAAUAAAAUUUGUUUAAUAAUGCAUGAGCGUCUUUUAAUUCCUGAAGAAAGGUUUUUAUUUUAGGGUGAAUAAGUGAAUGAUCUAUCUUUCAUUAUAGAAGGAUCAACUGAUAUUAUUAUUGAAUUCAAUAAAAAUAAAUCUAAUAGAUUGUCCUAAAUUAGAAGAUUAAAUUAAUCAUAGAGUAUCGCUAUGAAUUAUUUCUUCACUUAAUCUCCAAUUCCUUAUACUAUAAAAUCAAAAACAUUUACAAGGAUAGUGUAAAUCAAUUUAUAGGAACUUUAAUAACUUUUACUGACCUAUCCUAAAGAUUGGGAAAAAUAUAAGAAACUUUAACAAAGUAUUAGAUUGAAUGAAUGUCCUUUAAUUGAAUGUGAUAUUUGUAAAUAAACUCAUUAAUUAGAGAAAUGUAAUGUAUUAUUUUAUGCACCAAAUUAUAAAUAGAUAAUUAAGAAAUAAUAUUAAAUCAAAUAAGAUCGUUGUAAUUUUAUUAGAGAAAAUAGAUUAUAAUAUGUAAUAUUUAAUAUCUAUAUUAUAAUUAGCAAACAUUUAAUGACAAACUUAACAUUUAAGAAGGUGUAUUAUCAUUUGCAAUUGAUGAAAACUAUUUUUAGAAAGAACAAAUUAAUGAAGAAUUUGUUUAAAAAUAUGAUUUUGUUAGAUUAAGGAAUACUGAAUUAAAUAUAGAAAAUCGAUCUAUUAAAAUUGCACAAUCAAAAGAUGAACCAAAAAUUAUAAAAAGAAGAAAUGCUGUUCGUGCUUCAAUCAAAUAAGUCAUUAUUGAAAGUAAUGAAUCAUCUGAUAGUGAUUCUUAAAAUCUAAUACAAAUGUUUAAAGUACUUUCUUAUAGAUCAUCUGAGUAACUUGAAUUUAAAAUUUAUCCAAAUUAGAUACUUUACAAUGAAUAUUUAAAUAUCAUAAAACCAGAUGUUGUAUCCUAUUUAGAUAAAUAAAAAGAAUUUGAACAUUUCAAUCCUUAGGAUAAUAUCACUAAUGUUUUACAAAGAAACAUUGAAGUUAAUAAAAAUUAAUUCAAAAUAAAAACUAAAAAAUCAAGAAGAUUAAUUAAAAAAUCCACUUGGUUGGAUAGUGUCAAAACUAAAAAACUUCAAUUUUGA